GUCGCUGAUUGGCCAGGAUUGGCGCGUGGGCGGGCGCGCUCGAGGGAGGGGGCGGGGCAGAGGGAGUGAGAGAGACAGAGGGAGGCGAGCGGCCGUUGCUGAUUGGGCGUUGGCGGCGCGAGGGAGUGUCCCGGGGUUCGACGGCACCAACGGACGGACGAAGGACGGGACGGGACGAGGCGGACGGACAGCGCCGGCGGAGGGGAUGCUGAGCGAAGCGGAGAGCGGCGGCGGGGGCGGAGGGGGAGCCGUGACCGGAGGCCCCGGGGAGAGCCCCGCGGGGGAGCCCGCGGCCGGGGUGGCCAAGCCCUCAGCGCCCGCCGCCGCCGCCGCCGGAGGGGCACCUAGCAGCAGCAGCAGCAGCAACGCCGCACUCGCCGCUCCUCGGAGCCAGGCUGCCAAGCGCGUUUUAGCCACUCAGGUGCAAGGCACAGUGAAAUGGUUCAACGUCCGCAAUGGCUAUGGAUUUAUAAACAGGAAUGAUACCAAGGAGGAUGUGUUUGUGCACCAGACGGCGAUCAAGAGAAACAAUCCCCGUAAAUUCCUCCGCAGCGUUGGAGAUGGGGAAACGGUGGAGUUCGAUGUGGUGGAAGGAGAGAAGGGUGCCGAGGCAGCCAACGUAACUGGCCCGGGCGGUGUUCCUGUGAAGGGCAGCCGCUACGCUCCCAACCGUCGCCGUUUCCGCAGGUUCAUUCCUCGGCCCCGGCAGGCCCAACAGCAGCAGGAAGCUACCCGGACAGAAGGGGCCGCCGAGACGGUCAGCGAAGGGGAGAGGGCUGAUGAUAAUGUGCAGCAGCGCCCUCGGCGAAGGCGCCCUCCACCAUUUUUCUUCCGCCGGAGAUUUGUGCGGGGCCCUCGGGCUCAGGGCCAGCAGCAGCAGGUUCAGCCAGCAGACGGCACUGAAAGCACAGAUCCCAAAGAUGUCACCCAGCCUGAGGGAGACCAGCAGCAGCAAAUCCAGGCUGGGGAGAGAGCCCCAGCGCCUCGCUUCCGUCCCAGAUACCGCAGACCAUUCCGCCCCCGCCCACCACAGCAACCCACCACUGAAGGUGGCGAUGGAGAAACAAAAGCGGCACAGGCCCCAGCAGACGGCAUCCGUCCUGAGCCCCAGCGCCAGCGCAAUCGGCCUUAUUUCCAGCGCAGGCGCCAGCAAACGGCUGCAGCCCGCCAGACUGCAACUGAGGCUACCACAGCUGCCAAAGAGCCACCUGCUUCAAGCUCUGCCGCCGCUGGCGGAGACACCCCUGCCACUAGCACUCCUACAAUGGCUCAAGAAGCAGUGGUGGAAGCCAGCAAGCCAGCUUCCCCAGCCCAGGAGAACCCCUCCCAGCCACUGCCAGAAAUCCAGCAACAGCUUGUGGAUAUUUCAACACCUGAGCCUGGGGGAGAGCUGGCCCCAGCUGUACUGGCAUGAUGAAUCUGCACACCGUGAGGGGAUGCCAAGAGCUGUGAUCUGGUGUCCACAAUGUGCCUGCAAACCCAAGUUACCUCAUCCUGCACUUGAAGAGACCCCAAACUUCACCAGUACCCCCUUUGCUGCUGUUCAAGCCCUGAAUGUGUAAAGUUAAAAAAAUAACAAACCUGCGGGGGGAACUUGACCAAAAAAGAAAAGUCACUUUGCUUUAAAAUCCUUCUGAGGGGCUUGUCUUCCCCCUCCCACAGCUUUGCCAGUUUGAGAGAAAGAGACUGGUUGUUGAAUCUUCAGUUAAUUUUUUUCUCCCCCCCAUUGUUGAGGAACACUCUGUGUGAACCAUUGUGUGCAGUUUGGGCGUCAGUAAAAGAUUUGCACAGA